ACUUCACUUCAGACGCGCAACACGCAGAUCUCGCGCUGUCCGCGCUCGUCAAACAAACACAAACCAAAAAGCCCGGCUUCACUGUGAGACACGGCUCCGCUUCACUCUUUGGAGGACAGUAACACCAUGGAUGCCUUGAGAGCAGUCGCCUUUUACGCGCUCUUCGUUUUCCUCUGGAGUUUACCGUGUUGCCAGUCAGCUGCGCUCAUAUCGCAGAAAAGGAGCAAGGGUGCCAGGAGCGCGUUUGAUGGACAAAGGUCACAUAAAUUUCUUAAAGAGAUUUUCGCAUCCUCUCCGGGCGCAAGUCGUCGGGAUGAUUUUAAGGACCCGGUUGUGCCUCACGACUACAUGAUCUCCAUAUACAGGACUUACUCCGCCGCUGAGAAACUGGGGCUCAAUGCGAGCUUUUUCCGCUCUUCAAAGUCUGCAAACACCAUAACGAGUUUCGUGGACAGGGGAAAAGACGAUCUCACGCUCUCUCCUUUGCGAAGACAAACGUAUCUGUUUGAUGUUUCAACUCUCUCAGACAAAGAGGAGCUGGUCGGUGCUGAAUUAAGGAUAUUUCGCAAAUCGCCUGGGGAUGUCCAACCGUCCCCAUCAGGCGUCUACAACUUUCAUUUACUCUCAUGUCGAUCAGAGAGGGCACUGGCCUCCAGGUCCAUUGAUCUUCAGGAUUCCCGAAAAGCAGAAUGGGAGGUUCUGGACGUUUGGGGGAUUUUUAAAAACAGGCACCAAGGGAAUCAGCUUUGUCUCCAGCUCAAGGUUACGCAUGGCAAAUCUGACACCGAGAUCGACCUAAAGCAACUGGGUUUCCACCGUCACAGCCGGACGCAGCAAGAAAGGGCCAUACUGGUGGUCUACACGCGGUCCAAAAAAAGAGAGAACUUGUUUAAUGAGAUGAAAGAGAAAAUUAAGUCUCGCGGAGAUGAUGAUGAUGAGGAGGAGAGCGCUCUGCAGUUUAAAGCGCGGCGCAGACGGAGAACUGCGCUUAAUAAUCGUCACGGGAAAAGGCAUGGCAAAAAGUCCAAAUCGAGAUGCAGCAAAAAGGCGCUGCACGUCAAUUUCAAAGAACUCGGAUGGGACGACUGGAUCAUCGCUCCCCUGGAUUACGAAGCCUACCACUGCGAGGGCGUGUGCGACUUCCCGUUGAGAUCGCACCUGGAGCCGACCAACCACGCCAUCAUUCAGACGCUCAUGAACUCCAUGGACCCCAACAGCACUCCACCGAGCUGUUGCGUCCCCACAAAACUCAGCCCCAUCAGUAUACUGUACAUAGACUCUGGAAACAACGUCGUGUACAAACAGUACGAGGACAUGGUGGUAGAACAGUGUGGCUGUAGGUAGCGAAUCACACAGACACAGCAGAGUAUGGCACCAAGGCAACACUUGAACGAUGCGUAAAGACGCGCUUGAGCCGCUCAAACUGCGCAUUCUCACCUAUGCAAAAGGGAUUCUUCUUCAUCAGAGACAUUUUGGACGAUUUUAAGCGAUCUCCAACGGCUGCUGUUCACGGUUGUGCCAAGAGCGCGUGUAUAGUUUCUCUACAAAAAAACUUGUUUUUUUUUUAAACACACAUGCUGGGUUUCCUUUUUUUGUAAUUGCGUGUCCAAAAACCCUAAAUAUUCAAGUUGUCGGCAGGUAGAAGAAACGACAGAUUUAGUGCGUAACCGUCUUGGCAAGAUUCACUGAGGAUUGUGUUACACCAUUAUCCGCGUGGACUCAGAAGAAUGUGGAGACGAGCACCUGUUGAAACUCAUCUGUUAGUUAUAUGGAUAAUAUUGAAUGAGUAAAACGCAGUGCCCUGGACACGGUUUUUACGACCAACGGUGUGUAAAGAGGCAUAUUCAGCUUUCGGGGGCAAAGGUGAAUGUUCCAAACUCUAAAUAUGGCGAUUCUGCUGCUUCCCUACAGAGAGAAAGAGAGCGAGCUUGACUGAUGCUUUUGAGGAGCACCGCACAAAUUACUUUUGAAGUGCCUGGACAUUUGAUAAAAACCCACAAAAUGUCGUUUUGUACUUUCUGAGAAGACAUAAAAAUGGAUUUCCAUCAACGUUUGCAUCUUUACAAAAUGCACUUCCGCAACUGUCCAAGUAGUCUGGAAGGAGCGUUUUUUCCCGACCUAACGACUGACAAGGAAAAAAAAAGACUCGCAAGCGAGAUUAUAUUAAAAUGCACAUUAGCUUUGAAUGCACUGUUGUUCAUUAUUUGAGCUGUAAAUAUUUGUAAAGUAAAACCUAAAAGUGCAACGGAUGAAGAAAUGCAAAACCACAUUUCUUUGUUAAUGUACAUUUAUAAAUGCACUCAAAUCGCUAUAAUUUCUAUUCUAUAAUUAUUUUAUUAUUUGUGAUGUACAGAGUUUCAUGAUAAUCGUGUAUUUCUUACGCUGAUAAAACAAAAUUAAUUUAAAAUGUAUUCAUCAUUGCUGAGGGUGGAAAUACCAUUAUCGAUGUCUACCUCAUAAUUGCAUAGAAUCUACGUACUGAGGUGCAUUCAGCUAGAGUUUAAGGUUUUCCAAAAUAUAUAAAUUUAUAUAUAUAUAUAUAUACAGUAUAUCAAUGGAUAAUAAUCCACACUAUUACUGUACUAAUAAAAGCAAUAAAUGCACUUUGUGUGGUGCCAGUGA